AUGGAGUACAAUGGCGCGAAGCCUCCGAUGCCGCAGCUGCGGCUCCCGGCCGACUACGUGUACAACCCCCUCUACUUCGUGCGCGAUUCGAACGCUGUCUUCAAGGGCGGCAUGGGCGAGGACGAUGCUGUGGAGCCGCUACACGGUCUAUCGCACGCCGUGCUGCCUGCCACCACCUACCUGCACCGUCCACUGCAUUUCUCACUGUCGUCAUCGAACGCCACGCCGGUGCGCAGUCACGACAACCGGUCUCGCAGCAGGGAGAGCAGACCCACCCGCAGAUCGGGCGACUCGUCCCCUGCGGCAGCAUCCGCGCCACGACAGAGACGCUCGUCGUCGAUGGCAGCCGCACACGCGGCGCGGCGGAGACGUGGUCACGCGCUGACGCAGGAGGUGGCCGCAUGGCAGCGCCGCUCCGGUACAGCCUGCAUGGAGGAGUCUUCAGUGGCGGCACCGUCGCAGGAGGUUACCGUGGAUGCGACGCGUGCCGAUCUUAGCACCUCCAUACUUCGACCUACUCGUGCCACUCAACUGCGCGAAGACUACCUUCUCCAGUACAUCGAGGAGCGCGACGAGGCGGCGCAGAACAUCUUCUUUCGCCCGAGAGGGUGGCGACUGUCAGGGGCCGCGCUGAACAGCCCGUAUGGACAGCACUGCACUUCUUCGGCUUCCCCGUUGCGCAACGACGUCCUCACGCCAACGCGCCCAGAAAACAGCAGCGCGGCUUAUUCGCCAACGCCGCGAUUCACCAAAGCCGCGCAACUCCGGCAACAGUCCGCGGUUCAGCUGAUGGAGAAGUUGGAGAGGUGUGGGUUGGAGAAGGCAGCGGAGGAGGCCUUGACGCAUGUAGUCGCCGAGGCAAGCUCCCGCCGGGCAUUGAUGCGACUGAGGACCGGCGCUCAUUCGAACUCGUCCUCACGGUUCGUCGCAGUGCAGCGCAGCGGCGGUGCGCGCGAUGCGGGUGCUGCGAUGCGUUUCAACGGUAUGCACCCAUCGCAUCAUGGACCCCGCUGCCACCACACCUCCCGCACCGGAUCACCCGGUGGCGCUAUCAACGGCGCGGGCGACCGGAUAAGGGUGGCGACGAGGAGUGCUUCCACGCAUUCUGCUUCAAGAGAGGAGUGGCGGUCCGCCGCCUCGACCUCCUUCGAUGGCAGAGAGAAUACCCUGAACAAGCAGCAGCACGUCGCCGAAGGGACACACGCGCCAUGCAGAGGUCUCGUGCCGGAUGCCCCCGCGCCGCUGCCGAGCUCGAAGUACCGCCCUUGCGAAGCACGAAAGGAGGCACUCAAGGUUCCCCGCCGAGAGUUGAGUGCUGCGAAGCCCACUGAUGCGAUGGGGCUGCUACCUAAGCCUGCCUCACGCAACGGAGGCGAGCGCGUGCCAUCUCGCCACCAUCGUCGCCGCCGCUGCUUAUACGCGGCCCAGCGCGAUGCUGACAGCCUUUCACCUGUGGCUAUCCGCGACGUGCGCGGCCCUGCCCACCCCACCCCGUCGACAGCUGCGUUAGCUUCACCGCCAGCGGCUGUGCAUCGAGAGUGUGGGCAGCGUGGCAUCCAUACCCCACUGGCAGUCCGGGACACAGAAACAACGAUGGCAUCACGUGAGGAUGCUCCACUGGCGCAGCGUGCGACCUCGUCAAAGUCAUCGCAUCGGCGAGACAGUGACGACGCCUCGUCUUCCUCCGUGUCGUCCAUCAUGUUCACGGUGUUGUCUGCCCCUCAAGACGACACGACAGGCGCACACCCGCCGGAGGCUCGGCACGACUGGCAGCAGGUCGCUGCUCAGGGAAGUCGGAUGCGCGAAAAUGGUGACGACGCAGAUGACAGCUCACUGGAGUUUCAAAGCACUGGUCGAAGCGACUGCGAGCAUUCAGCGAGUCUCUUGGCAUGCUUGGCACCUGUGGCUGCUGUGCCGCCCUCUGCCGUGCGAGGUGCGGAGUUGUCUUCGUUUACGUCGCCAGAUUUCUCCCGCGUGCCUUCGCCAACGCAGGCGAGCGCAUCCGUCACGGGUGACGAGGCGCGGAUGUCCGCUGCCACCGCCGCCGUUCUUCAUGAACAAGAGACGACGACUUCUUGUGCCGAGAGUGAGGUCGAGAGGACACCGCACGCCGUCGGAGCGGACGCGUCUCCAGCACCGCGACGACCUCUCGAGCAAACGCUUCAGGGCACACGUGAAGAGCCCUCAGCAGGCUCGAGUGCAAGAUGCCUUGGGCGGCAGGGAGCUUGCCCGCCGCCAGUGGAUGCGUACCUGGCCCCGGCUCACGCACCUCAGACACCCUCUACUGAACGUUCGGGUGACGUGAGUCUGAGAUCGCUUUCCCAAGACUCCUAUCAUGCAGGUAGCUCUAUCUCUAGCAGGUCUGGCGACUUUGAGGUGCAACUGCGGAUUCAGAGCGAGUCGACCGACCGGAGUGCGCAGGCUGCCGCAACUACGCUUCCGCAGCGCGCGCGGAGCCAGGUGGGAGAGGGCGAUUUGGAGAAGGCGCCGAGCGACGCGGCGGAGGUGCGGCACGAGGGCUCCGCCUCCUCGACGCAAUCGUCGUUUGCGUCGAUCGCCUCCUACCAUACGGAGGUGCACGUGCACGUGCCUGCGGUGGUGAGUGAUGCCGCAGAUGAACCUCUGGAAGCGGCCACAUUACAGAAGGAGCUGCUAGCUUUCUACCGUAUCGCAAAGCCCUCGUCUGCAGCUGUCGAGUCGCGCCUCCACCGCCGCGCCGAGCAUGACUGGAGCCUCAAAUCGAACGUACACGCCUCAUCUCGCGAGGACGACGCCAGCAGAGCUGGCGAUGACAAGCAGGUGCUGCGUGGGCACGACGGCGCCGCUCCUCCAUCGCCUUCGUGGUUGUUGAACGCUUCGGAGGGCAUCAGCUCUGCACUGUACGGGUUCGUCCCCUCCACGGCAAGUGGCGAAAGCGAUGUCAGCAGGAGUGUGACGACCGACGCAUACACGGUGGUCGCCGGUGGCGGCGGCCGCGUGCUUCCUGCGUGGGGUUUUCCAGUGCCGCCCACAAACUGCACACACGUGGUAGCCGCAAAGGAGGCGCGUCAGCGGGCAGUCGUUGAGGCUGGCCUCAGCAAGCUGUGUACCGCCUCGGAGCAGCCCAGAAGCCUUCUCACCGGCCACAUCGCAGACAGCCGAAUGCAGCAAUUCACAGCAGCUGACGUGGACUCAAUGUCACGGUAUCAGCCGCGAAUGGAGGGGCCGGUGGUGCAGGAGGCGCUAGACUCGCCGCGCCAGCCUAGCAUGCAGGAAAGCGGCCGCCGCACUUCUGCACCGCCGUCGGCAGCAGGGGCACCAAGUGCCGCGGUGGCAGCAUCUGCGGAGAACGGCACGAGAAACGAUGCCGGACCUGAGGUGGUGGUUGACAAGGCGAUGGCACUCGCCCAUGGAAAGACCACAGAUGAUGCACCUAGUGCCGCUGUGCCUUUAGCCGCCGUCGCCGUGCUCGGUGCCGAUGCGAAAGGGGAUGUGGACUCUCCUUCUGUGCAGAGGGAGGGUGUGCAUCCGCGUGACGCCACUCGAUCCCUCGCAACGGUGACGGUGGCGGCUGCGCGUGAAAAAUCAUCGUUGUCUGUGAUGGGCGCAGAACAACCGGCAGCGAUAACGAAUGCGUUGGCGGAAUCGCUGCCGGUGAAAGACGCACCUUUCUCACGCGCCGUGCUUUCUUGUUCAAGCUGCGUCGCCAUCGGCAGAGAAGACAGGCCAGCUGAGAAGGCGAUGGGAAGCCUGGCUUUGAGCGUUGACAGUGUGUCUCCUCAAAGCCGCGCGGAGUCGAUCCGUUCAGUGCAGGAGACCGAUGCCUCCACCUCAGAUGGCACCGCAGGUUCACAAACUACCGUUCUCGCCUCCCUGCAUCACUCACUGGCUGACGUACAUGCCGGGGCGGCUGUGGCGAAGGCAGAGGGCCGACAGAACGAUGUGGUGCUGCGUGACAGGGCGGAGGCUGCAGCGGUGCCGUGCAUUGCUAAGAUUCGAUCAGCCACAUCUUCCGUGCGGAAGAGUGCGCAGCCGGAGAAGGUGAGCGACAUCCCACCCAGCGCGGCGGCGGUACAGCCUGAAGACGCGACUUUGCAUCGAUCUCGCUCCUCCUCGGCAGAGGUCGACGAUGCAAAUCGCGCAGAGCGCAUGGCGGUCGCGGGCAUGAGCACUCCUCUCUCGUUAUCGACAUGGCCGCGCACAGUUGAGCUCGCCCUUGCCACGGCCUCCACUCUGGCCACCGAACACGGCUCCUUUUCUCUGUACUUCACAGAGGCGGAGCAGUCGCCCCGGGAACGAUCGGUGUAUGCGCGGCAAGCCGCAUCGUUCAGCAACGGCGGAGGCGAAGAGCUGGGAGAGGGUGUGCCGCACAGCCACGCGCCAACCCCGCUGCACUGUCGCCUCCCGCAGCAGAGGAGGCUGGCGACACCGCCGUACGAAGGAGUGCAGCUGCCAGGUGCCUCUGCGGCCGAAGAGCGCAAGAGCGACGCGCCGCUUGCUCAGGUGUUUUCCCGGUCCGACACGUCGACGCGGUGUCUGUGUGCUGCCUCGACCGAGUUCCAAGCGGACGUGCACGUACGGGAGCACACAAGCGAUCGAGCGGAGAGGAUUCCCGCAGUACCUUUCGGAGCCCCCGUUAACGGCGUCUCUUCCGUGAGGGAACAGAGCAGGCGGGAGGGAGGCAGGCAGGCGGCCGCGCAGGACAGCGUCGCUCUCGACAGCUCUGCCCCACCCAGUGAGGACGUAACUUUGGAGCUGGCAGCAGUGUCUGUUCCGUAUUCUCACGACUCCCCUGCGCGCCCGCUUUCUACGUCGACAUCGAGCAGCACCCACUUUCUGGCUCGCAACCCCUUUUCGUCUCCUUCACAGUCCGGCAGCUCCCCCACGACCCCGACGGCGACGAGUCACUUUAUGCCCAGCUCGCUUGGGGGGCUCGAUGCACCGAAGCAGGGUUUUGGCGUGAAGGUGGAUUUCGAGAUGAGGGCCAACGGUGACUGCGAUGUGUUAUUGACAGGCAACGCGGCUGAUGCUAACCGAAGUACUUUCUCGCGCAGCACGUCAUGCGAUUCAAUGGAGCAUGCUGCACUGGUGCAGCUCACCGAGCCGACCUCUACCGACACCGCGGUGAUCACGACGCCGUUUCGGCCAAGCUCUCCUGUUCCCGGCAGUGAAUUCAACACGACUUGCUCGCAGAUAUCCGAGCGCAUCACAUGGAGCGCCGGCACAUGGGUCGAUCGGGAGCGCGCUAGCGCUUCACCAGACCAUGGGGAAGCGGGAGCGGCCGAGAGCGACCUGGGGGUGCUCCGCAAGGGGACGCGCUCUGCCCCGUCAGUGCCCCUCACGCGAGUGAGGUACUUGAAUCAAGACAUGUGA